GUGAAGAACGUCUCUGAGUCACUGGGCUUCCGCGUCUUUACGGAGCUGCACGGGCAGACCCUCACUUGGCGUGUUUAUGUCGGAGAGCCCGAGAGCGCAGGAGUAUGGAGGGCGGGGGGAUUUGAACCGGAGACCCCCUUUAACCUGAGCUUUGAAUGCCAGCGAGCGGUCCUGAUGCCUCGCCUGCGGCUCCGCGUCCUCCUCUGGACUUUGACAGCCUGCGUCUGCUCCGCGCUUCCCCUCGACGUGCCCGGUUUGGUGUACCCCCAUGGUGACUUUGUCAUCAGAAACCUCUGCAAGUUCUGUGACUUGGAGGACUCGACGUGUGACGGGGCGGACAAGUGCACGAGCGAGUGUAAGAAGACCGCCAUCUGUGCGGCGGUCGACGAAGUCUGCGUCACCAUCUGGAGGAAGAAUGACAGCAACGUGACGAUGGAGACCCUGUGUCACAGCCCCGCGGUGCCCCUCUAUGGCUUCAUGCUGGAUGACUACAACAACACCGAAUGCCGGAUGAAGGAGAAGAAGGUGCUGGGCUCUUUGUUCUACCUGUGCUCCUGUAGCAGUGAGGAGGAGUGCAACAACGUCAUCUACUUCACGGAGGCAGAAAAGCCCACCUUGUCCAUCCCGAUGGUGACGGCCAUCAGCCUCCUGCCCCCGCUGGUCAUCGCUGUCAUGGUCAUCCUGGCCUUCUACCGCUACAGGGUCAUCCGGCAGAAGAAGUUAAACGAGGAGUGGAAGAAGAAGAAGAAGCGCAAGCACGACUGCAGCGACGGCUGUGCCAUCAUGACGGACGACGACCAGUCGGACAUCAGCUCCACGGUGGCCAACAACAUCAACCACAACCUGGAGCUGCUGCCCAUCGAGCUGGACCUGCAAGUGGGCAAGGGGCGCUUCGCGUCCGUCUACAAGGCCAAGCUGAAGCAGAGCACCGCCGAGCAGUUCGAGACGGUGGCCGUCAAGAUCUUCUCCUACGAGGAGUACGCCUCCUGGAAGAACGAGAAGGACAUCUUCUCAGACAUCAACCUCAAGCACGAGAACAUCCUGCACUUCCUGACGGCCGAGGAGCGCAAGGUGGACAAGCAGUACUGGAUCAUCACCGCCUACCACGCCCUGGGCAACCUGCAGGAGUACCUGACGCACCACAUCCUCAGCUGGGACGACCUCUGCUACCUGGGCGGCUCCUUCGCCCGCGCCCUGGCUCAUCUUCACAGCGACCACACGCCCUGCGGCCGGCCCAAGGUGCCCAUCGUCCAUCGGGACAUCAAAAGCUCCAACAUCCUGGUCAAGAACGACCUGACCUGCUGCCUCUGCGACUUUGGCCUGGCCCUGCGGCUCGACCUCUCGCUGUCCGUCGACGAUCUGGCCAACAGCGGUCAGGUUGGCACUGCCCGCUACAUGGCUCCUGAAGUUCUGGAAUCCCGCAUCAACCUGGAGAACAUUGAGUCCUUCAAGCAGUCGGACGUCUACUCCUUGGCGUUGGUCCUCUGGGAAAUCACAUCUCGCUGCAGUGCCAUCGGAGAUGUCAAAGACUACGUUCCUCCAUUUGGCUCCAAGGUGGGCGAGCACCCCUGUGUGGAGAGCAUGAAGGACAGCGUUGUCAGAGACCGAGGGCGGCCAGAGAUUCCCAACAGCUGGCAGAAACACGAGGGCUUGCAGCUCAUAUGCUCCACCAUCACCGAGUCCUGGGACCACGACCCCGAAGCCCGCCUCACUGCCCAGUGCGUAGCGGAGCGCUUCAGCGAGAUCGACCAGAUGGACAAGCUCUCCCAAAGGAGCUGCUCCGAGGAGAAGAUCUCAGAGGACUGCUCGGUCAGCGACGACAAGUGACACGGACUGAGGCCGAGCUGACCGUGAGCCGCACUUCCUGGGGUCAGAGGUCGGUGGGUGGGGCCAGGGGGCGGCGGCCUUUCUUCCAGUCGCAUACCGCAGCUUGCGUCCUUGAACUCUGCUUGGAAUACCACAGGAAACUUCUGGAAGUCGCAGCUUACUGGAGCUCAUCCGCCUCCAGCAGUAAAGAAUGGUGGAAGUGGCAGCGGAGGCGCUUAUUAUCGUACGUAACCCACGACGUUUGCACUUUAUUCAUCCAUCUGUACGCCUGUCACUUAAUCCGAUUUGUAUUACUAACAAAGCAAAAAGUGACUUCCGGGCUCGGCGAGAGCCAACAUCCAAUUAGCCUCUGCGAGGUAUCUGCUCGGGGACAA